AUGGACUUUGCUCAGUUUCCAAGCGCUUCUCGGGUUUACGUUCAAUCAGAAGAACAAAGCCAUAUUCUUGCAGUCAUAUAUUCAGUGCCGGUCAUGUUUUGUAUAAUACUGGUCAUGUUUUUAUACUUGUUUGUUCAGCAGAGAGCUUCUGCCUCCUCACCUCCUCAACCAACUUCUACCCAAUCAUCGUCUUUAAGCAUCUCGGUACGCGGAGCUUUCUUGAAAGAAAAUAUUAAGGACAAGCUUCCUACAAUAGUAUUCGAUGAAGAAUUGAGGGCAAGGGCUUCGUUAUGUUGUGUAUGCUUGGGCGAAUUUGAGCUGAAAGAGGAAUUGAUACAAGUUCCAUCAUGCAAACACAUUUUCCACGGCGACUGCAUUGGCAAUUGGCUUAGCUCCUGCGCCACAUGCCCUCUCUGCAGAUGUUCAGUCGACGUCGUGGACAGCAUAACAAUAGUCCUCCCCCCACCGCAGAGAUCAGCUGCAGCACGCAUCCCUGCUGCUACGUCAAUCCGACUUGCUUCACCAGCUAAUCUUGCAUAUUGA